AAGAGUUACUAUUCAGACAGAUCCUCAUUCCAUAAGAUCUGUACAUUUCUCAGCAGUAUUUUGGCUAUAUAAGCUUUCACUGAACAGCACUAACACACACCGAAUGAAGGACCAUCCACACCGAAUCCUCAUCUGACAAGAGAAGGUCUGUGAUUUGGAGAAAUGAAGGUUUAUCAGAGCGUCCUGCUUCUCUUCAGCUGCCAGUUACUUCCUACUCUGGCUUUAGACUGUACCGUGAUGAGCGGUAACCUGAAGCAGAUAGACGCUGGGUCUGGUUUAGUCAGCGGAGUGAACAUUUAUAACGAGGUGUUCAUCCUGGAAGAUAACGUCUUCUCAAAGAUCAACAUGUCUCUGAAGCAUUUCAGUGUUGGUCCUGCUGGUCAGCUCGGGGUGGAUGCAGCAAACAACAUCUUCAAGCUUCAGAGUGGCAGGUUUAUUCAGUUUCCAGGACUUCUCAAACAGGUGGAUGCUGGAGGCGAUCAGAUCAUUGCAGGAGUCAAUAUGAAUGAUGACAUAUUCUGCUUAAAUAUGGAUGCUAACGACAAAUGGCCAUCCAGCAGUAUUCCUUGGACUCAGAUCGGUGGAAAGCUGAAGUAUUACAGCUGUGGUCCGUACAGCUGCUGGGGCGUCAACAGCUACGACCAAAUCUACAUCAAUAGGGAUGUGUCUAAUAAUGCCUGUUCUGGGAGUGGCUUUGUGAAUAUUCCUGGACUUCUGUCCAUGAUUGAAGUAGCAACUGAUGGCAGCGUCUUUGGUGUUAACUAUCAAGGGAAUUUGUACCAAAGAACUGGCGUCUCUCGCGCCAACCCGUCUGGCACGGACUGGAUCUCAAUGGUUGUCUGUCCCAGCAGCCACAAGCAUGUGAGCUUCGACCUGGGAGUGCUGUGGGUGGUGUGUGUGGACGGCUCCAUCCGUAAAUGUACUUUAUAGAGAAACAAGAAUUCUCAGAGUAAACUAAUUAUGAUGAUCAAAGUCAUUAUUAACAGAAAGCCAAGAGCUUGAUUGUACAUUCUUUUCUUUUUUCUUUUCCUUCUUUCUUGUUGAAUAAAUAAAGCAUCUAUCUCAUCAA